AAAGUGCCUUCCACAUUCCAGAAGAGGAAGCACCAAUUCCUAAGAUUCCAGUGCAACCCAUUGGUUAUGAAGAUGCAUGGCAGAUAUUAAGCCGCAUGGGGGGCACUGUGGCACCUGUAGAUUGGCAGGGCAGCCUCAAUAUUACCUACCAUUUAGGGCCAGGAUUUGUGAACCCAGGCUGGACACUUAACUUAGAUGUGAACAAUAAUAAUACUCAAACUACCACUCAUAAUGUUGUGGGAAUUAUCACAGGUCAUGAGGAACCAGACAGAUAUGUAAUUCUGGGCAACCACUUGGAUGCCUGGAUCUUGGGUGCUCUUGAUCCCAACUCUGGCACUGCUGCUAUGCUGGAACUCUCACGGGUCCUUCUUCAGCUGCAUAAUGAAACAGGUUGGAGGCCCCGACGGUCCUUAGUGUUCUGUGGCUGGGGAGCCGAGGAGUAUGGUAUCGUUGCCUCUGUAGAGUGGACUGAGCAGUUUGGAAAGCAGUUGUCUGACAGGACUAUAGCUUACCUUAAUGUUGAUAUGGCUAUUGAAGGUAACUACACGCUGCGGACACAGUCAACACCUCUUCUUACUGAUGCCAUAUUUCAAAGUGCACAACGGAUUCCUAAUCCAGAUCCAGUGGAAUUGGCAGCUGGUAGAAAAACUGUGUAUGAUACUUGGAAAGCUCGCAGGCCAGAUCGCCAUCAGUCUGAUAAACCUCAAAUGCAGUUCAUUGGGUCUGGCAGUGACUAUAAGGGAUUCCAACACAACCUUGGCAUUCCAUGCAUGGAUAUUUGUUAUACUCAUGACAAUAACACUAUUGGAGAUCCCAUGUACCACACUUUGUAUGAAACCUUCGCUCUGGUAGAUGAGAUAUAUGACAAAGGUUUCUACUUCCACUCAGCCGUGACAGCCUUGUGGGGGGACUUGGCUGUGGUACUUGCAGAGUCUAAGAUACUUCCAUUUUCAUUGGUUACCUACGCCACCUUUAUCAUUGGAGCUCAACAAGAUAUUUUUGAAAACUAUGGAGAGCUUAUUUCUUCACAAAAUAUUUCAUGGCAAUUCUUUGCUGAUGCUGCUCAGGCUUUUAAUGCAAGUGUUGCCGUCUUCACUGAAUCCCUUAAUACUCUAGAUCUUAACAGUGACCUAGCUGUUCGUCGUGUUAACGAUCAGCUAAUGAUGGUGGAGCGAGCGUUUAUUGAUCCCCUUGGAUUACCCGGACGUCCAGAGUACAAGUAAGUUUCUAUAUAUUAAU